ACAGUGAAUAUCUCAGCGUCUCUUCCAAGGACACACAGUAGGUGUAAAGGACCCAGAGAUAGAGAUACUGUUUGCAGAGGUGACUGUAUGAGAAAGGACACAACCCCUUGAGCUUCUGCGCAAAGGUAGCAAAACUAACAACUGCUUACCAAAGGGAGACUCAGCAGCUACAUUUUCCAAUUUCUGUGUCCAGUGAAGCUUACAGGAAGCCACCAUGAAGCUAAAGCUCCCAAACCCAGGUCUGGAUGCCCGGAUCCCUUCUUAUGGGGACCUGGAGAGGAUGGAGAAAGAGGAGGCAGGGGACAGGCCCAAAUGGGACAACAAAGCCCAGUAUCUGCUCACCUGUGUGGGCUUCUGCGUGGGACUUGGGAAUGUCUGGAGGUUCCCUUACCUGUGUCAAAGCCAUGGGGGAGGAGCGUUUAUGAUCCCAUUCCUAAUCCUGCUGGUUCUGGAGGGAAUCCCGCUGCUACACCUAGAGUUUGCCAUUGGUCAACGUCUAAGGAAAGGCAGCGUGGGAGUGUGGAGAACAAUCAACCCAUACAUGACGGGAGUUGGUAUUGCAUCCUUGCUUGUCUCAUUUUUGGUGGGCAUGUACUAUAACACCAUCAUGGCCUGGAUCAUGUGGUAUCUCUUCAACUCCUUUCAGGAUCCUCUUCCUUGGAGCCAAUGUCCUCUAAAUGCUAACAGGACAGGUCUAGUGGAGGAGUGUGCUCGGAGCAGCACAGUCGAUUACUUCUGGUACAGAGAGACUCUGAACACUUCAACAGCUAUUGAUGAGCCUGGAAGUCUGCAGUGGUGGAUGGUGCUGGCCCUGAUAUCUGCCUGGGCUCUGCUCUAUGUUUGCUGCAUCCGUGGGAUCGAGACCACGGGAAAGGCUGUCUACAUCACCUCCACUUUGCCUUAUGUGGUCCUUACCAUCUUCCUCAUCAGAGGACUGACUCUGAAAGGAUCUGUGGAAGGAAUUAAGUUCCUCUUCACACCAGAUGUGAAUGAGUUAAUAAAUCCAGCGACCUGGUUGGAUGCAGGUGCUCAGGUGUUCUACUCCUUCUCUUUGGCUUUUGGAGGCCUCAUCUCUUUCUCCAGUUACAACUCAGUUCACAACAACUGUGAGCAGGAUGCUGUGCUCAUCUCCAUCAUCAAUGGCUGCACCUCAGUGUACUCUGCAACAGUUAUCUACUCCAUCAUUGGCUUCAGGGCCACUGAAAAAUAUGACGAUUGCAUGGGAGACAACAUCUUGAAGCUGAUGAAUGCCUUCAACUAUGCUGAGAACAACAUCACACAAGACAAUUACAAUGAGGUUCUGAACCACCUCAACGUGACAAAUCCAGAUAUCAUUCAGGGAUUGCAACUCGAGACCUGCGACAUGCAGUUUUUCCUCAGCCAGGGCGUGGAGGGAACAGGUCUGGCCUUCAUCGUGUUCACAGAAGCCAUCACCAAGAUGCCUGUUUCUCCCCUCUGGGCUGUCCUCUUCUUCGUCAUGCUCUUCUGCCUCGGCCUCUCCACUAUGUUUGGUAACAUCGAGGGGGUGGUGGUUCCUUUGCAGGACCUCAAAGUAUUGCCCCGAACUUGGCCCAAAGAAAUUUUCUGUGGUCUGACUUGUUUAAUAUCCUGUAUUUUUGGGCUCAUAUUUGCUCUGCGCUCUGGAAACUACUGGCUGGCUCUUUUUGACAACUUUGCUGGCUCUAUCCCCCUUCUGGUCAUUGGAUUGUGUGAAAUGAUUUCUGUUAUCUACAUCUAUGGCAUCGAUAGGUUUAACAAGGACCUUGAGUUUAUGGUUGGCCACAAGCCCAAUAUUUUCUGGCAGGUGACAUGGAGGGUGGUUAGUCCUCUCAUUAUGAUCAUCAUCUUGAUUUUCUACUUUGUAACCCAAGUCACCAAAAAUCUCACGUAUUUGGUCUGGGACGAAGAGGCAGAGAGCUUCCCCUCUCUGGAACCACGCCCAUUCCCUUCCUGGAUCUACGUCAUCAUCUUCAUCCUGGCCGGAGUUCCCAGUUUAGCCAUCCCAGCAGUCGCCCUCUACAAAUUCAUCCAGAGGAAAUGCUGCAAGCAGAAGAGUCACAGUGACAAAAUAGUGGACACUGUCUCUGCCAAAAUACAAAUGAGCGACAAAAUUAAGCUUUAGAUAUAUUUUAUUUGGAGUAUUUAAUUAAUUAAUGUAGACCUGUUUAUUGUUGUUUUUUUCCUGUACAAUGACAAAAGGGUACAAUAAUCACUAUGAAGAAACUACUAAAUUUGUAGGUAUUUUCUGCAAAAUAAUGCAGUUUGGAGAAAAGCGUAAUUAUUUUUGUUUUUCAUGGUAUUGUAAAAUUAGUUUCCUGCAGUUUUGUAGCUUAUUAGACAUUUAAGUGUAUGUUGUACACUAAAGGAACCGUUGGACAUUUUUGGAAAUGCUUAUUCACUUACAGAGUUACAUGAGAAAACUGAUCUUAUGUCUUAAGUGUUCUGUCUGUCUGUGUGCUAAAUAUGUAUCUACAGCCGGCAGCUAAUUAGCUUAGCUUAUAUUGGAAAGUGGAAACAAUUAGCCUGGCUGUGUUCAAAGGCAACAAAACUCAUCUACCUACAGGCACUUUGUAACACACUGUAUCUAUCUUUCACAUAUGUAUUUAUUCCAUUUGUUGUCAUUUGUCAUCUCUGCAAAAGCUGAUCUGUAAAGAUCACAAUUAUUAUUAAUUAUUGUUAUUAUUAUAUUUGUUUCUACCAUUUAUCCCAAGCUAAGCUAAAUGUAGCUAUUCAUGCUUAGCUAUUCAUAUUUAGUACACAGAUAUAAGAAUGGUAUCAAUUUCUUCAAAGUCUCUGUUUCCAAGUUGUCUUACUAUUCUUUUAAUAUAGUAUGUUUACUGUAUGUAUGUGUGUGGUGUAAUGUUUUCAUUUAAUAUUUUGUAAAUAAUCUUCAGUUAAAGCGUUAAUUCUUGUUAAAACCAUUGACAUACUUUUUCUGAAGAAAAUGAAUGCAUUUAUGGUAGCAGUCUUUUUUAGCCCACUUUUGGGUUGUUUAUAAAGUUUUUGCCAUAUAUCAUUUGGCAUAUAUGAUGUCUUUCAUAUAUGGACAGUUAUUGUUAAAUCAAAUUGAUAAAUUAUGUCAGUAUCACAAUCUUACUUGCACUUUAAAGGAUGCUUUUGCUUUAAGGACCCAUUGUUUGGAAAAUAACUCUUUGCUUUUUCGAUACAUUUGAUUUUUUUU